UCUCUCUCUCUCUCUCUCUGUGUUCAUAUAUGUGUGUUCGUGUGGCUGUCGACGUCGUUCGACUGCAUGUUUUGGGUUUGUAUGUGAGCAGGUGACGUUUAAGGAAGCGGAGGCAGCGAAGAAGGCGUGCGAGGACGCGACGCCGAUGAUCAACGGCCGCCGCGCCAACUGCAACCUCGCCUCUCUCGGCGCCAAGCGCAGCGGCCUCCGCCCAUCUCCUCCCUCCACGCCGGCGCCGCUCCCCUCCCACGCUCACCACCCCCCGCCUGGGAUGGUGGUGGUAUCAAGGGGCGUGUCGCCGGCAGCGCAGUGGUACUAUCCCCCCACCUCGGGGACGCCGCCACCGCCGUCGCCGUUCCAGCUCCAACACUACCACGGCGUCGUCCCCUUCUACGCCGCUGCCGCUUACGGGUACUCCCCCAAUUACGUGACAGACUUGGGUUACAAUGCGAAGCUGAGCCACGGUGGUGGUGGUGGUGGUGGUGGCGGAGGAGGAGGAGGAUACUUCCAGGGGCAGUUCUCUUACCCAGCACAAGGUGGGAUGGUUGCUCCUCAUGGAAUGCUGCCAGUGUACCCACUGUAUCACCUCCAGAAUCAGCAGGGUAUGGGAGUGCCCGCCCACUUCUUCCCUCCCGCAGGUGCUGCAAUGACAACCAUUCCCACCAUCAUCUCCAAGCCCACCGUCAUCCCUCCUCCAGCCACUGUCUGUGUGGCAGUGGAACAAGUCAAAGGAAGCAGCUGAAUGGAUCAUCAAUAGAGGCAGCUCAACAAGACCAUCAUCAUGUUCUGCACAUCUGAGCAAGUGUUCUUUCAUUCGUUCCAUUGGAUCCAUCAGGGAUUCUUUGAUUCUCUCUAACCUGCAUCGCUGUGAUGCGCCAAUCUGUAACAAAAGCAUUUUUGUUUACCAACUUAUUUUAUGGUAAACUCUUGAUGGGUUUAAGUCAAACUGGUCUUUCUUGCUGAAGUUAUUUGGUUGCUUUGCCUCGCCUAAGUAUUGAGUACCUGCAAAGCAUGUGUUUUCUUCUUGUCUA